AUGAAGUUCCUCUCUCUCGCUGCGGCCGCCGCCAGCGCCGGUCUGCUCCUUCUCGGCACCGCCGUUGAAGCCGCCAACAGCCCCGCCAGCGUUGCCGGUCCCAAACCCAUUACCGGUCCUGCCGUCCCUCCCAACGCACCCGCCACCGUCAAGAACAGCAAGUCCAAGGUGGCCCAGCUGGAAAAGUACCAGUACCUCCCCCGCGGCUACAUCGUCGAGCUCGAAUCCUCUUCGGACCAGUCUGGCAAGCGCGACAACCCGCACGCCGACCUUCACGAUCAUCUCUCCAAGCGUGCUGGUCCUUACAAGACACGCUACGAGUACAAUGACCCCAAGACCUUUGUCGGCAUGUCGGUCGUCCUCGACAGCGAGCAGGACUAUCAUUCGCUCGUCUCUGCUCCCGGUGUCAAGGCCGUCUACCGCACCAGACUCCACUCCAUCCCCGCUUUCGAGGCGGUCACCGUCUCGGAAGACUUUGUCAAGGCUGCUACCGGCAGGGACGGUGCCUCUGCUGCCAAUGCUUCCCGCAAGAGGCGUCGCGACCAGCCCAAGAACGCCGAGCAGGGCUACACCGACACCUUCUCUCCUCACGUCAUGACCGGUGUCGACAAGGUCCACGCACAGGGCUACCUCGGCAAGGGCCAGGUCGUUGGUAUCAUCGACACGGGUGUCGACUACACCCACCCUGGUCUCGGCGGCAAGCCGGGCAACAAGCCUUGCUUCGGCGCCGGCUGUCUCGUCUCGGGCGGCUACGACUUUGUCGGUGACGCCUACAAUGGAACCAACACGCCUGUCGCCGACGAUGAUCCCUUCGACUGCGGUGGACACGGAACGCACGUCGCCGGUAUCGUUGCUGCCAACGACACUGCGCUCGGCUUCACCGGUGUUGCACCUCAUGCUAACAUUCACGCCUACCGUGUUUUCGGCUGCUCAGGAAGCAGUGCGGACGACAUUAUCAUCGCAGCUCUGCAGAGGGCCUUCUUCGACGGCUGCGACGUAAUCAGUCUUUCGCUCGGCGGUCCUGGUGGCUGGAGCGAGGCUGCUUCGUCUGCUGUGGCCGGUCGAAUCGCUGCCCUUGGUACGCCCCUCGCCAUUGCCCAGGGCAACGACGGUGCUUAUGGAAUGGCCUACUCCUCGUCGCCUGCUACUGGUGAUCUCGUCAUGAGUGUCGGCUCGGUUCAGAACGUCGAUCUCACCGGUAUCAGCGUCAAGAUUGUUCCCGACACGCUCAGCCGCAAGAACGUCACCCUGCUCAAAGGUUCGCCCUUCACAUUCGCUGAUGGCCAGUCCAAGGUCCUCGAAGUCUACCCGACCUCGAACAGCCUCACGGUCACCGACGACGCCUGCUCUCCUCUGCCCGACUCGACACCUGAUCUCUCCAACAAGGUCGUCCUCGUCGGUCGCGGUACCUGCCUUUUCGCCACCAAAUUUGCCAACAUCAACGCCAAGGGCGGCAAGUACGUCAUUGUCUACAACUCGAUGGCGUCCAUCACGUACGUCGAGUCGAGCGUUCCCGGUCAGCAGGCUGGCUCCAUGACGCGUGACGACGGUCUGUACCUCAAGCAGCAGAUCAACAACGGCGUCAAGCUCUCGCUCGAUUUCUCCACGAGCAGGAUCUCGACCAUCCCGGACACCGCUACGGGUGGCCUUAUGAGCUCCUUCUCCACCUACGGCCCCACCUACGAGAACCGCCUCGACAACCCGACUGUCUCUGCGCCCGGUGGCAACAUUCUCAGCACGUGGCCUCUGGCGAAGGGAGCCUACACGAUCAUCUCGGGCACCUCGAUGGCGACGCCCUUCAUGUCUGGCUCGAUCGCUGUGUUCCAGUCCGCCCGAGGCAAGACGGACCCGGCGACGCUGCUCAGCAUCUUUUCCGGCGCCGCUACCCCGCUCAGCAACACCACCAAUGGAACGAUUUUUGAGACCGUCGCCAAGCAGGGUACGGGACUGGUGGAUGUGGAAAAGGCCUUGUUCCAGCAGAUCGUGCUCAGCCCGUCGACGAUCGAGCUCAACGACACGGCGCACUUUAACGGCACCCAGACGAUCACUGUCAAGAACCUGGGCGGUAAGCCGCUCACCUACUCGCUGAGCCACAUCCCCGUGGGGACGGUGCAGUCGCAGGAGGACGACUCGAUUUUCUUCAUCAACGGCCCCGUGCCGCUCAAUGCGCAGUACGCCACCGUUGCGCUCAACAAGAAGUCUCUCACUGUCCCCGCCAAGGGCAGCAGCACGUUCACCGUCACCGUCACCCCUCCCUCGGGGCUCAACAGUGAAAAGCUUCCCUUUUACUCUGGAUACGUCCAUCUGGAGCCCACCUCCACCGGCUAUUCUGCUGCCAACAUCGCCUACGGCGGCUACGCUGCUGACACGUCCAAGACUCAGAUCCUGGACAACACGAGCGACCUCUUUGGCGUCGGCUUGCCCGUCCUUGCCAGCGCAGAUGGAAACACCUACAUCGAGGGCGACAACACGAGCUACAGCCUCAGCAACGUCGCUGCCUGGCCGCAGUUUGUCUACCGUCUCAACUACGGUACGCCGUACCUGCAGAUCGACAUUGUCAAUGCGACGACGGACUUCACUCCGACGUACAACGUCGAUGGAAGCUUCAAUGGGAAGAGUAAGCGGGCAGCGGUGAUGGGUCACAAGCGGUUUGUGCACCAUCGACGACAGAAUGCGGGGCAGAAGAAGCCUUCGCCCGUGCCUGGACCUGGCGGACCUAGUGGACCCAAGGAUGGACCUGGUGGUCCUAAGAAGGGUCCUGGUGGUCCUGGGGGUCCUGGAGGCCCUGGAGGCCCUGGUGGACCCAAGGACGGUCCUGGCAAGCCCAACCCCAAACCCAAACCCGGUCCCUCCCCUUCGCCUGCAGGACCGCAGUUCUCGGACGUCAAAACCGUCGGCAUGCUCGGCAACGCCUACUGGUCCGGCCGCAACUCGGCCACCGGCGCCCUGGCGGACAACAGCUACAACGUCCAACUCGUCCAGCCCUCGCUGACGCUGCCCCAGAACGGAAGCACCACGCUCACGCCGGGUACCUACAAGGUGCUCCUGCGCGCACAGCGCGUGCUCACCGAUCGAAACGCCGAGAGCAGCUACGAGAGCUACUUGUCGCACGCUUUCACCGUCACUGCAUAG